UACUACUAGUAGCUGACAGUAUCAGGUAGAAGACAGAGAUCGCCGUUUGAAGUGUCAUGAUCUACAGUAUAUUGUGCUUCUGCAGCAGCAUGUGGACUACCCAAGUAUCUUGGCCAUUUUUUCAUUGGCUAUCACUCGUGCAAAUCGAUGCCGCACUGUCUACGUGCACUUGCCUCGAGGUGAGUGGCUUUCACCGCUUUGUCUUGAUCCGGGACACUGAAUCGCCGCUGCCGAGUAUUUGCGCUUUUGAAAUCACCUGUAUCUCUAUUCCGUCCCACAGGUCAAGCUCCAGAACUGUAUAAAUACUGGUGAGACGUACCUGUUCUUCA